CGAUAACUAAAUAUGAAUACGUAGAGGCAGCCAUAAGUGGUUCCGCACGCCUUCCUCCUCCCUUCUCGUAGCCCCUCGUAGCCCUCCUCAAGGCUGCCGGAAUGGCAAAAAGCUAUAUAUUGCAUUACAUAGCGCAGCGCUGCUUCUAACUUAUGCUGUAUUAGCGACGCUUACAUUCCUAGCGACAAAUGACAAGUCAAGAAAAGGCGACGGUGGAAACACCUGAAGAAUCAAAGAAGGAGGGGCUUGAGAAACGUAGUCCUUUUGCGCGCAGCUGUCUCUUCUGGUCCCUUGCUAUAACAGCAGUUGUGUGCAUUAUCAUCGUUGCUGUGGUUACGCCGGUGUGCGUUUUGGAAGGAUGCGGACGUGGAGGAGGAGCGGAAGAGGAUGGAAUCAAAGUAAAUCGUAUUAUCGUCAGCUUCGAAACACUUGAAAAGACAGUCCGAAGUAUUGUGCCGCCGGCCCUCUUCGAGUUCGUAGAGGAAAUCCUACUUGAUAGCUCCGGGCUUCACAUUAUUUCAUUCCCGGACAGCAAGAUAAUGAACGCAAUUUUAAAGAUUAUAAAGUCACAAUUAGACUUGGACAUCCUCUUACAUGACGUGGCCUACACGAUACCACAAGGCAACCGUUUGGAAGUGAAUGUGACCGAACUGGUGCAAACGCUCUCCCGUCGGCGCUUGUCACAAGCCUCACCCGACAACUACGAAGACAUGUUGUGGCAGAGACCCAUUGUAAACUACGACGGCGCCUGGAACAUCACAGCUGGCGUCCCGAACGUCGUGAUCGCCGUGCUGGACACCGGAUGCGAUUUGAACCACCCGGACCUUAAGAACAAUUUGUGGGUCAACGUAAAGGAGAGCAUUGGUACUAGCGGCGUGGACGAUGAUGGCAAUGGCUACAUUGACGAUAUUUAUGGCUAUGACUUUGCUGGCAAUGCCAGCACAUGUGACUUCGACUGGAUUGCCGCCAAUUCGACGCAAUGCACGGGACAGCCCAUCCCGCAGGACAACUACGGCCAUGGCACGCAUUGCGCGGGCAUUGCAGCAGCGGCGUACAAUGGCAUUGGAGUGGCGGGCGUAGCGCCAAACGUCAAGAUCAUGUGCCUCAAGGUGGCGUCUACUGCAAAUGGGAAGGCCAACUACUAUCUUUCCAAUGUCCUUACCGCCUUGGAUUACGCGUAUAAGAACGGCGCCCAUAUUGUGAGCGCUAGCUUUGGCCCAAGCAAGCCCAAUCUAGCCCCUACAGCGAGCGAUUUGCUAACCAUGGCGAAUGAGGUCAAGUCUUACCAGAAGGCCCUCGACCCGCUGGUCAAGAAGGACAUGCUGAUCUUUGCCGCGGCAGGCAACGAGAACACCUUGCUAGAUAGCCUGGAAAAGGUCAACAGCACCUACAACCCCUGCUCCAUGGCCCGCUACUACCCCAGCAACAUGAUGUGCGUCGCGGCGACAAACCAAACGGAUCAGCGGUGGCUGGACUAUGAGCAAAACCAGUGGAAGGGGACCAACUAUGGGACCAAGUACGUGGACAUUGCCGCGCCUGGUCGGAUGAUUCUCUCGACGGUGCCAGCUAACAUGGCGUCGCUCUUAAAUCAGGACAUGAUGUACUGGAAUAUGACCGGCUCCUCCGCGGCCACCCCCUUGGUGGCUGGUGUGGCUGCUCUCAUCCUGUCGGUGCUCGGACCGGGCUCAAACAACUACUACCAGGGUUCCAAGGCGCUCCAGAUCCUGGUCGACUCCUCCGACAAGAUCCCCAACCUGCCGGUCCGGACCAGCAGCCGUGUUAACGCGGCCCAGGCGGUACUGAAGGCCCAGGCCUCACUUACGAACUUGUAUCUGCUCACCCCGCUGUCUGGGUUCAGUCCCGCGAACCAGACGGUGCUCCUCAGCGGCUUCAACGAGACCUACUACUCGGGCGACAUCGGACUGGACGAUAUGGACUACACCGCACUCGCGUCGUACGACACGUCGGCAAGGUUCACCAAGUCGCUGUUCGACAGCUACAAGUACGGAGCAGGGUACACGCUGGUGGUCCGAGCGUCGGUGUUCCUCAACCAAAGUGGCAUCUAUCUGAUGAAGGUGACCACCACCGCAAACGUGAGCGAUGUCGCCAUCAAGUUUGGUCAGAACAAGAUGACCGACUUCACCCAGACCAUCCAGAUGAGCGCUGGCAUUGCAGGCGGCUGGUACGAGUUUCAGCUGCGAUAUCGUAACCCGGUUGCGCCGAUUGACAUCAAGAUCGCGCUGCCGGGAUCCGGUGGUGCGGCGGCCGACUACCAGUACCAAGACUUCUUCUACACCAGCACCAACACCCAGCGUUUCCUGUACCACGCCCCCAACAUUGCCUUGUCGUCGUCAUUCCAGGUUCUGACUCGUCCCGUCAACGCCUCCACCCUCACCCGCGCCAGCAUCGCCGACGGCCCCUUCCCCAAGCUGCAGCUGGACCAGCCGUACAACUACAGCUCCGUGCUCCCCGACCUCAGCUUCACCGACAUGGCAACCGGCCUGCGGGACGCGCUGUACCCAAACAUGAACGACACUGCGCCCAUGUCCGUUGUCGGCAUCGUGCACACACGUCUGCGGGCACCGGAGAUUCCUGUGCGCUUCCAGCUGACCUGCCAGCUGUGCUCCCUGGCAAUCAACAACCUCACCAUAUUGGACGUGUACGGGUCCAGUGUACAAGAGGUCUCCACCAAGAACAGCGGCUGCAUGACCCAACUCGGCGGCAUGGGUACUCACGACCUCACAAUCCGCUUUGCUUUAGCAAACACCUCGAGCACCGCCCUCAAGCUUGCCUGGCUGCCGUGCACCUCCGCGGCCACCAGCACUGCCACCACCAUCACCACGCAUGUGGCCAACAACCUGCUUUGGAACCCCUCGAGUGGAGUGGCAGGUUACGUUCCCGGCAUGCAGUGCGACAUCUGGCCGGACAACCCUAGCCCUGACGUUAGGAACUACCCCUACGAGUCGCAGCCCUUGCUCAAAUUCCGGCUGCCCAUUGCAUUGGGGCAGUCAGCAAAGUCCCUCAACGCCACUCUCAUGAACAAUACAAUCUACACGUCGAGUUUCCUGCCUUCGGGGUGCCGUGCGGAUAACGAGAGCCUCAGCAGUGGCUGCUACACCUACGCCUCUUACAACCUAAAGGACGUGUUCCAGAGCAUUGCAAACCAAUCCAUCUUCUCCAGCACUCCCUUCUACUACAUCUACCUUCGCUGCUACACCUACGUCAACCGUGGCUUCAGGAACGGAGUCACGCAAGCGCGCGCAAGCACUGCAAACACCAUUAUCACGUACCUCGGUGGUCAAACGGUCUUCCGGUCCGAGGCCAAUGCCCAGCAGAGAGGACCGCUGAACGCGGCCUCGAUAGCGGCCAAUGUCACCAACCUCCAGGGCCACUACCAGCUGCUGACGUUUGAGUACCGCCAUGUGAACCCAGCCAUCCCCGCCGUCGGCAUCCUGGACGGCGGCCUCAACGCAAGCCUAGCCUCCGACAACUUUAGGAUUGACCUAUCCAACACGCUGUUGCCCAUCCCAAUCGUAACAAUAAGGCCACCCGUCAAGGUGCUUGUCAUCACCUCACCGCCUCCCCCAGUACCCAACCCACCGUCACCGUCGCCUAAGCCCCGCCCACCAUCACCUCGGCCCCGUCCUCCGUCGCCCCGGCCCCGUCCUCCGUCACCUCGUCCGUCUCCUCCACGCCCACGACCUCCACCCCCUGCAUCAGUGGGUCGCCGACGGCUCCUGCAGACGCCUGUUUCCCGCAGCGGCUACGUCCCCGUGGCCCUGGGCUGCUCCGCUUGGAGCAUGGAGCAGGUGGGGUCAGCGGGAUUUGCCGCGGCGGUCUACCCCUACAAUGCAUCGGCGCCUUACGAGGCGCUAUACGGCUUUUCGUCGCUGGUCGUGAAUAACUACACAGCCACGCCGGUUCAGUCGAUGGUGUCGGUGGCAGGCAGCCUUUCGGGCUCAGUUUCGGUUCCUGAAAACGGAACAGACACCAACCGCUACGUGCGUGUGGAGGGUUUUUUCCGCAGCCCUGCCGCCGCGGGCGAGAUGAGCAAGUACGUUCUGCGUGUGAGGGACGGCGAGGGCCAGUCGGUGGCCAUCACCAUGGGAAACAUCACCGUGAGAAAUGCGGUGGAGUUCCCGGCGGUUACCAUGCCGCAGACGAGGGCCGAGGUCAUGCUGCCAGCUGGGUUCGUACCCACACUGGUGACGGUCAAGAACAACCGGAACGACUCAACGGUGGUGCUGGAUUUGGGUUUGACGAGCUCCACGAACACCACAAUCCCCGAGUCGCCCCUGGAAUGGUACUCCCUGGCGGACCCAAGCGCGACUGGGCUCUGAGCCCAGGGGUUCGGCGGCGCGAUGGAAGCUUCUAUAAUUUGUACUUUAAGAAUAUUAGUAUGGCUGACGUAGCGAUUGCAUGUGAAGCAAAGGAUUGAGCACCAGGCUUUAUUCAUGAGCCUCACAUGUUGCUUGGCACGCGCUCUUCCAGUGCGUGGUGUGAAUAUGGUAUCUGGGAGCAAGCCGUUCUGGUGAAAGGCCUGAUUGAGCGUGCUGUGAGUCAAAGCCAGUCUAGAACUGUACGUAGUAGGAAUGUGAUGAUUGUGACAGGGGCUCGUAGGCCAUAGGACUGAGAAUGCCUAGGGUUAGAUUGUACUGAGCGUUGCUCGUGCGGUUGGGGCUGCACAUGCGUGCGGCUAAGUUGCCUAAGUUGGCACAGGUGUGCCGGCUUGUAUCUUUCGUGCUUCAGUUCUUGCUUAUGGAGCGAAUAGUGGAUGCGAGAUGCCGGCUCGUAUUUUUCCUGCUUCGGGUAUGGCCUAUGAAUCGCCCCAUUAGGUUUCAUGGUCCAUGGCUGACUGUGCUGUUGAACAGCAAUACACGAAUGCAUUACCCUGCUAUUCGCACGUUCAUUACUGUGGGGUCUCUUGUGAAGUGGGAUGCAGCCGAUGUUGGUGAUCGAUGCCGGUUGGCUCAUCAAUGACAGAGUGGCAAUGAAGGUGGACGAGGACAGUGUGCAGGGGGCCAAGGCGGAGGUUGAUAGCCGUGCAAGCUGUUACGCACAUCGCCACGGCUAUGAUGGUCACUCCGAGAGGGGCAGCACGCUGCCAUUGUCGAGCCCCUUGCCUCAUGUUGCAACGACGAUGACGACCGAAGCCAGGGGUUAAGCAACAAGGUGUAUCUGCCUGCCACCAGGGGGCACACGCCCGUGGCCCAACCAGACGUUGUAGGCACAGUCCAUCAUCUUGCAACGCAUGAUGGUUGCAAGGGGGCAGCAGCAGGAUAAAGGAGCCACGCCCUUGCCCUAGCCAUCAUUGCGGCAGCCACAGCCACCAGCACUGUGGGAUGGGCUAAGCCCGCUGAGGCCACUUGACUGGGGAGUGGCCGUUACAGGCGGCUAGCUGAGGGGAUGAGGAGCGUGAGGCAGCAGUUGCAGGAAGGGCAGGGUCAAUAGCUACAAGGCACCCGCGAAAGCAUUAUUAUCGGCUGUUCGGAGAAGGAAUAGUGGGAAGGAUCAGUGCCGGUUGACAGGCGACUCCAUGCCCUGCUGUUCAUCCCUUGCCGUGUGCACCUCCUUACUGUUGGAGGCUGUUGUAGGUUGCCAGACGUUGAAAACGUUCAACGAACUAGCUUUCCUGAGUAAUAGCCCGUGCUGGCAUGUCAUGUUAUGGUAGGCUAGCCGCUACAUUGCCAUGCCGUACUGGUCUAGAUAGGUUGGUUGUCGCUAGUGUGUUGUCAGGGGCUCAAAGGGACUGUCUACACAGUCUCCAUCGACUGCACAUGACCCAUGGGACGACCGGGCCCGUC